ACAUGUGUUAUCAAUGUGCAAAAUGUUGUAUAACAAGAAAAAUAAGCAAAUGACUUCUCAGCUGCGUUGUAACUUUAUUAUGUAGUAGGUUAAAGUAACACGAAACAAAAUUGACCACACAAUUUACACUAACAUGAACAAUGACUUUAUGCUUCGCCACAAAAAAAAUUCGCGCCUUGAUUUUUAAACAGUUUCAACGGUUGAGAUUUUCUUAUUUCGCCUCUCCUUCAAAUCAAAGGACCAUGAUAACGCAUGGGAAUGGACAGAUUAGAAAGCUACCGAUUCCUCAGAUCUUGUGUUUCAUUUCUUCCUUUUUGCGGAGCGAUGACAAACAGAACCCUUAUAGCAAGAGGAAUAGCAUAAGUUAUUAUAUCGCCCUUGCCGAGGAGGCCAUAGCUAAAGGAGAUUUAUCGCAAGCUGAGUGUUAUCUUAACAGUGCCCUGGAUGUAUGUGACAGUACCUCUACAGUGGGCGUUUCUUGUGUUUACGACAUGCUUGCCACUCUCGCUUUCAAGCAAGGCGACGCCGCAAAAGCGGCAAAUAUAAUCAACAAUGCGAUUUCAAAAUUAAAGAAAAACAAUGUACCUCAAGACGAUAAUUCCAUCAUCGACUUCAACCUGAAACUGGCAAGGCUCCAUCAGGCGAGAGGCGACUACAAUCAAGCCGAGAUCACUUUCAAAAAUUGCCUGGUUGUUCAAAAAAAGAAAUACGAUAUCGGCAAGAGGGACGAAGAGACGAUAAAAUUAUGGAUCAACGUUUUGUUCUGGUAUGGACAUUAUUUGAAACUAUUGGGGAGGCACCAAGAAGCUUCGCAUUGCUUCCUAAAUGCCUACACCCUCAGUGCUAACGUCUCCAAGAUAGAUUCCAAGCAGGUGAUGGUGAUGCUUUACAAUUUAGGAGAGCUGGCGUUCGAAAUGGAUAAUUACGACGAAGCCCUCAGAUACCUUCUGAACGCCGUCGUCAUCGGAAGGGCGGUCAACAGCUCUGAGCUUAACGCAUACUUCAACAAAAUAGGUCUCAUUUAUAUGCACAAGGGUUUGUACACGGAGGCGAAAAAAUGGUGCGAAAACGGAUUCCAUUCCUCGAAGAGGUGGGCCGACAAAGAUGUGAAGAAGGAAGCGAUGGAUUGCCUCAGGAAGAUAAGGAUUUUAUGCAACAAGCCCCGAGUCGGGACGAAAGGGGAUGCACAGGCACAACCCAAAACCAAACCUGGCGUCGAAAAUCCUUCAUUCAUGUAGUAGACUUAUUAAUACAUCCAUAAUAACUUGUCAUCAAAAUUUUAUUAUUAUGAUUAUUAUAUUGUUCUUAACA